AUGAGCGAAAUUAAGGUAGCAGAUUCAGAUCAAUUAAUUGGUUCAAAUCAAAUAGAAAAAGUUAGUACGAUUGGAGUACUCGAUUCGGAAGGAUCUGAAAGACCAUUUGGAGAAUUAAUCAGACAUGGAACUAAGAUUGUGAUAUUCAUAAGACACUUUAAUUGCGGUUUUUGUCAAGAUUAUCUUAUUGCAACUAAAGAUAGAAUGAGUAAAGAAAAAUUAGGAGAUCGAGAAAUAAUUGUCAUAGGAUGUGGACAUUGGUCAGUCAUAAAACCAUACAAAGAAUUGUUGGAUUAUCCAUUUGAAAUUUAUUCAGAUGAUACUCGUCAAUUGUUUGAUCAAUUAGGUAUGAUUAUAUCAAAUGGUUGGAAAAUGGGGAUUAAAUCCUUUUUACAAGGUGGCAAGAUUUCCCAAAUAGGUGGUGAAUUUAUUUUCAAAGAUAAUGAAUGUAAAUUUGCACACAGGAUGCAAAAUACAAGAGAUCAUGUAGGACCAGAAGAUUUAGAAAAAUUAAUGUUACAAUAUUAA